AUGCUUGCUCUCGCGAUGCUGGCAGGCAGCCAGCCGGCCGCCUCCUGCGAUCGGCCGCUGAGAGCUUGCUACGAUGCCAUGGGCGGGCAAAGCUGGAAAAACGCGGCGGGGCGGUCGUGGCUCGACGCCAAUAUUCCGUGCUGCGAGAAGGCGUUUGUCACCUGUCACAAGGAAAAGGAGGAAAUUCGCAAGAUCGCGUGGCGGAGCAUAGCGGGCCUGAUGGGCACCAUCCCGCCGCAGCUUGGUCUCCUCACGAGCCUCGAGGAGAUCAACGUCGAGAGGACAGACCUCUCGGGGACGCUACCGGACGCCCUCUUCUCUGCGAGCUCCGAGAUCGAAAAGGCGCCUCUCCCCCCUGCCCGUGCCUCCCCGCCGCCCAAGCGACAUUGCUCAAGCCCUAUGAGCGGUGGGACGCUCAGGAUCAAGCGGACCUCCAUCACGGGCACCCUCCCUCCCUCCCUCUUCCUCUCCGGCACACUCGAGAAGGAGAUCGACCUCGAAGAGAGCGUCAACUGCGGCAAGAUCAACAGCAAAGAUUGGAGGAGGGAGAACUGCAAGGGCUUCUCGGGCACCAUCCCGCCCGAGAUAGGGAUGGCAACAAAGCUGGAGGCGCCGGCCCUAGAUCAGGAGUGUGACUUGGUCGAUGCAAACCCGCCGCCGGCCCCGCACCCGCCCGGCAAGGGGCGUCGGCUCGGCGAGGCUUGGCCGGGCGGCGCUGCGCCUCUAAACGCCGCCUCCAAGGGGGAGGAUCAGCAGCAGGGCGGCGGCGAGCGGCGCAAGCUGCUCCAGGGCGUGCAACUUGCGCAUUCGCCGCCCCACGCCGGCUGGGCCCCCGCGCCGCCGCUCUCGAAGUGGGGUGUGCGGGGCGAGGCGGGCGGCUUCCCCGGCCUGCUCGCGAAAUGGGGCGGCUGGAACAAGGGGCCCGAGGGCGACAACCCGCGCGACCCGUGGGACCGCGGCAGGCUGUACGACGGGCGGCCGAAGGCGCCGGGCACGGAUGGCAACCACUUUGACUGCCCACUCCCAAACGACUUGCCCGAAACGUGCCGCAGAAAGGCGGUGUGUGUGUGGGAGAAGAGGUUUCCCUAUCCGCCGCACCCGCCGUAUCCGCCGGCGCCGCCGCCCGAUCCGCCAUCGCCGCCGCCCUCACCGCCCAAGAAGCCGCCACCGCCACCGCAGCCGCCGCCGCCGCCGCCGUUGCAACCGUCGCCGCUGCCGCCGCCGCCCUCGUCGCCGCCGCCGCCUCUGCCACCGCCAUCGCCACCGCCACCGCCAUCGCCACCGCCAUCGCCAUCGCCGCCCUUUGACGUUUUCACGUUCUGGUUCAUCGAUCCACCAAACCCGCCGCCCUCGCCACCGCUGGCGCCAUCGCCGUCGCCGCCAUUGCCGUCAUCGCCUUCGCCGACGAACCCGCCGCCGCCGCCCCCAAAGCCCCCCGAGGCGCCCGCGCCAGAGGGUGUGAACUCGGUGGUGCCCCUCCUCCUCGUCGCUGCGAGCGGGUUCGACCCGCGUCCGACGACGAUCCUCUCGCAUGUCAACAUGCGCCUCAAGCUGGGCGAGUGCGAGCUCGCGGCGGCGUGCUACGAGCGGCUGCUCGCCGGCGAGACGCUGAGCGAAACGGCAUGGUACAUCGCGCUGCGGCGCGGCAUGCCGAGGCGCUACUGGCGGAGGAGGAGAAAGCCCAGGCAAAGCGAGCCGAUGCCACCGUCGUCGAGCAGCGCGGGAGCCGCCAGCCGCGAGGGCUGA